UCCUGCCUUUUUCCAGGUGCAGGAGUAGUUCCUGGUGCGGCUGGGAUUGUGCCAGGAGCUGGAGGGGUCUAUCCUGGAAUGGGAGGUCUUACUCCUGCUCAAGCAAAAGCUGCUAAAUACGGUGCAGGAGCAGUUCCUGGUGGUGCUGGGAUUGUGCCAGGAGCUGGAGGGGUCUAUCCUGGAACGGGAGGUCUAACUCCUGCUCAAGCAAAAGCUGCUAAAUACGGUGCAGGAGCAGUUCCUGGUGCGGUUGGGAUUGGUCCUGGUGAUGCUGGGAUUGUGCCAGGAGCUGGAGGGGUCUAUCCUGGAACGGGAGGUCUUACUCCUGCUCAAGCAAAAGCUGCAAAAUACGGUGCAGGAGUAGUUCCUGGUGCGGCUGGGAUUGUGCCAGGAGCUGGAGGGGUCUAUCCUGGAAUGGGAGGUCUUACUCCUGCUCAAGCAAAAGCUGCUAAAUACGGUGCAGGAGCAGUUCCUGGUGGUGCUGGGAUUGUGCCAGGAGCUGGAGGGGUCUAUCCUGGAACGGGAGGUCUUACUCCUGCUCAAGCAAAAGCUGCUAAAUACGGUGCAGGAGCAGUUCCUGGUGGUGCUGGGAUUGUGCCAGGAGCUGGAGGGGUCUAUCCUGGAACGGGAGGUCUUACUCCUGCUCAAGCAAAAGCUGCUAAAUACGGUGCAGGAGCAGUUCCUGGUGCGGUUGGGAUUGGUCCUGGUGGUGCUGGGAUUGUGCCAGGAGCUGGAGGGGUCUAUCCUGGAACGGGAGGUCUUACUCCUGCUCAAGCAAAAGCUGCUAAAUACGGUGCAGGAGCAGUUCCUGGUGGUGCUGGGAUUGUGCCAGGAGCUGGAGGGGUCUAUCCUGGAACGGGGGGUCUUACUCCUGCUCAAGCAAAAGCUGCUAAAUACGGAGUAGUUCCUGGUGCUGCUGGGAUUGUGCCAGGAGCUGGAGGGGUCUAUCCUGGAACGGGAGGUCUUACUCCUGCUCAAGCAAAAGCUGCAAAAUACGGUUUGGGUGGGGCAGCUGGUACUGGUUUUGUACCUGGUAUUGGAGUACUGUACCCUGGAGCUGGAGGUGCACCAGUUGGUGGAGUAGUGGGGGGAGCUGGAGGAAUUCCUGGAACAGCAACAGGGGCUGGAGGUGGAGUGAAGCCUCCUAAAUAUGCAGGAGGGGCCGGUGUUGUCCCAGGCUAUGGUUCUGUUGCUGGGUUCGGAGGAGUUCCUGGAGCUGUGCCUGGGUCUGGAGGGCUAGGAGCUGGAGCCAAACCUCCUAAAUAUGGAGUGCCUGGAGGAGUACAAAUAACUGGAGCAGGAGGAUUCCCUGUUGGAGCAAAGGCUCUUAAAUAUGGGUAUCCAGCAGGAGUUAAACCUCCGAAAUAUGGAGGUGCAGCAGGAGCACCACUGCCUGGAACUGGGACAGGACUGACACCAGGUGUUGGGGUUGGAGGAUAUCCUGGUGGAGUCAAACCUCCUAAAACUGGCGCUGGGAUCACUGGAACUGGUAUAGCAGCUCCUGGUGCAACACCUGGUGGUGAUGUAGUGGUCGUACCGGGUGGCACAGGCAUUGGUGUUCCUGGUGGUACUGGUCUCCCCGUUGCACCAAAUGGAAAACCAGCAAAGCUUCCAACCCUGGCCCCUGAAGGGACUGCUGUACCAGGUGGAGCACAAAGAGUGCCUAGUGCUGGUGAGUAUAAAUAG